ACAUUGCAGUCAUAAACAUUGUAGCCAUCUUCCACCUCACGACGAGUUCGACGUCACUUUGGCCCAACCCACUGCCGGAAGACUUCUCUUCAUUUUCACCAGAGAUCAACAACGCAUUUAGCUAGCUAUGUAACUUCAUUCACCAUGCCAGAAGUACACUUUGAUUAGCCAGCAGAGAGACGACUACUCCAUCACUCGACUGUCCAUUCACUUCAGGACUGGCAAAAGUCGGACCGAAGAAAUCUACCCUCCAAGCUAGCUAACCACAGUAUACGUCCCGGGACUCAAGUGAGAGGAGCAACAUGCCCAAGGACUCCGACAAACCUGGGGAUGGAGAGGACAGAACUGACUCCUCUGAACAGUCCCAUAGUAAGAGAGUCUGGAGUGGCACACCUAGUCCUCACAGAGGGAACACCCCACAAUCCAGCCCACCAAGAUUUGUGUCAGCGGAGGAGCUCAUGGAGACGGAAAAAGGUGUGACCAACAUGGCCCUGGCCCAUGAGAUCGUAGUGAAUACUGACUUCCAGGUGAAGCCCUCAGAGCCAGCAGAAGGAAGUUUGGAAAAAAGGGUGAAGGAUAUUAUGCAUAAAGCAUUCUGGGACGUUCUAGAGGCACAACUGAGUGAGAACCCGCCAUCAUAUAAUCACGCCAUCAAACUUCUUGCUGAGAUCAAAGAGACUCUGCUGUCCUUUCUGCUUCCGGGUCAUGGUCGGUUGAGGGGGCGAAUUGAGGAGGUGCUAGACCUCUCUCUGAUCCAGCAGCAGGCAGAGAAUGGAGCUCUGGACAUCAGUAAGGUGGUUGAGUUUGUCAUUGGUAUGAUGGGUUCACUCUGCGCUCCGAGCCGGGACGAGGAAAUCAGGAAGCUUCGGGAAAUCACAGAUCUUGUGCCUCUAUUAAAGGCGGUAUUUCCAGUGAUGGAUAAAAUGAAACUUGAUAUGGCCAAUUUUGCAGUCAGCAGUAUUCGACCCCACCUCCUGCAGCAAUCCGUUGAGUACGAACAGAAGAAAUUCCAGGAGUUUGUUGAAAAACAACCCAACGCCUUAGACUUUACUGAGAAGUGGCUUCAAGACUCUGCUAAGUCUGUACUUCAUGAAGAUCAAGCGGGUGGUGUGGGUGGUUUACCCGCUCCUCUCGCUGUGCACAACCAUGCUUACCUGUGUCUGCUUAAAUGGAACCACGCCUCUGAUCCUUUCCCUGAGACUCUUCUCAUGGACCAGGUGCGUUUCCAGGAAAUGCAGCAGGACUUGCAGCAGCUGGUUCUGGUGGCGUCUGUGCUGCUCAUAGUGUACAACACCACGGGAGAGGCCAUCUCAGGCCUGCCAGGCCUUAUGGACAGACUGAAGAGGACCAUCGGGGUUCUGCUCACAGAGAUGCACAUGCCGUCUUUCAGUGCAGAUGAAGCCUUGGCUACCAUUGGAGAGAGGAUGUGUGUGGAGCUAAGUGGAUGUCUGUCUGAGCAUGGCUUCUCCCCAUUCUCCACCAACCGGCAGAGCAUUCUGAAAGGCCAAAUCUCGGCUGUUACUCUCCCAGACAACGCCAUCCGCAGGCUUAUAGGCUCCCGCAUCCAGACUUACCUGCUUGCCUUCCUGGAGUCCAGUCACAGGAGUGCUCCAACCCUGCCAGGGGGCCUAGCUCCAGUCAGCAAAGAGCUGGAAGAGAUUGCCGUGAAGUUUGGCCGUCUGGUCCACUUCAACAAGUUGGUUUAUUCCCCUUUCUACCAAAAGAUCCUUCAGGAGAUUGUGCAAGAAGGAGAAAGUAAUGACACCUAGGCUUUAACACUGAACUGUUAAUUAAAAUAGGAUCACUGUAGGUUAUCCAUGCUUUCCAUUGUAUGGCUAAAGAUAAUGUAAUAAUGACAGUAUUGUACAAUGCCAGUAUUAAUUGAUAUCAAAAUACUUAUACAAUAAGUGCUGUUGCAUUCACAUGUUACUUAUUUGAUGAUGGUGUGUCUGUUUCUGGAUUGGUACAACAAACACGGGUAAAAAAAGGCAUAAUACAAAAUUGCAUGUUUUCUUUUACUUGCAUUAAAUAAGGAGUUCUGUGAUAGCAUCUGGAAACUAUUUGGUAACUGGCUACUCAUGAAUUGAAUUGCUUAAAAACAUGUACAACAAGAUGUAGAAUUUAUUCCCAGAAGAUAACACUAAAAAGUAUUCCUUAAUACACGUUUCCAAAGUGGUCCUUGAUGGUAAAGGUGAGAACAUAAGAGGACUUUUUGUGUAGAGGCCCUCCUUGUUGGAUAUUUAUUUCCACUGUAAACUGCUAUGUAUACUGUAAAGCACACAUCGCUACCUAGGUUUCCAUCCAAUUGGCGAGUUUCAUGCGAAUAUUCUAAAAUCGGCAUAAAACAAUAUGCGCAUUUUCCCACCAGACAUGUGUUCCCAUCAGAUUGACAGAUAAAAGGCCGUGCAACUAAAAAUCGCUUUUGCGGUUAAAUUCCCAUGUACUGAAUACAUAUAUUUUUUAAAACAAGUUAGUUGGGUUUCCAGUGCAUUUUCAACUCUACAGAUGGUUUUCACAAAGAAAGUGUUGCAUUAUAUAGUGAGUGUGCCCACUCUGGUAUUGGCAUUGCUGUUGGCUAGAGUGCAUGUAUAGUUUACAUGAUGAGAUUUAUUAGGACAAAAGAGCAAGAUUAUUUGAUAUAUGUCAAACAACAGCCAAGCAUCGAUGAUCAUGUCACCAGAAUGAGACCUUCAAUAUUUAUUGGAAAGGAGCAUCAAGCUCAUCACCUUGCACUUUCACCACCCUGUGAAGUUCAUUAUAAUUGAUUUAAUCUGUAGCCUAAUAAACUGCAUGCUUUCCCUACGAGUCGUAGUGGGAGGACCACAACAUGUCAUCGUUUGACUCCAAGUUUACUUCGAUGUGAUGGUUAUUAUAUCAAUAUUUGCGCAUAAAAGUGUUUCCAUUGAUAUCUCUCCCAUAAUUCAUUGUACCAACACAAAUCCCACCUUGUCUAGCGUAUUUAGUUUUGUCAACAUUUGGAAAGUUCACUUGAAAAUUGUCUGUUUCCAUAAGACCUGUCGUAACAUUUUUGUUAUCUGAAAUGUACUUUGCAUAAAAAGUUUAGAUGGGAACCUGGUUAUUGACAGUGAUCAUGAUUGGUGCCUUGCAUACCUUCAUGUGACCAGCUGUAGAUUCAUGAUUUGGUAACUGUUUAAACAUGUUUAAAAACAAAUAUGAAAGGACAAAAGGUAAUACUGAACCAUACAAUCAAUCAAAUGUAUUUAUAAAGCCCUUUUUAUAUCAGAUGUCACAAAGUGCUAUACAGAAACCCAGCCUAAAACGCCAAACCGCAAGCAAUGCAAAUGUAGAAGCACGCUGGCAGAAACCUAGGAAGAAACCUAGAGGAACCAGGCUCAAACGGGUGCCCAGUCCUCUUCUGGCUGUGCCAGGUGGAGAUUAUAAGAGUACACAGCCAUUAAGGCCAGAUUGGUCUUCAGUAUGUUCAAAUGUUCAUAGAUGACCAGCUGGGUAAAAUAAUAAUCACAGUGGUUGUAGAGAGGUUGCAACAGUUCAGUACCUCAGGAGUAAAUGUCAGUUGGCUUGUCAUGGGCCAAGCAUUCAGCAGUGGUGUUAAGUACUUAGGUUUUUGGGGGGUAUCUCUACUAUACUAUUUAUAUUUUUGACAACUUUUACUUCACUACAUUCCUAAAGAAAAUAAUACUUUUUUUCUCCAUAUAUUUUCCCUGACACCCAAAAGUACUCAUUACAUUUUGACAGGAAAAUGAUCAAAUUUACGCAAGAGAAGAUCCCUGCUCAUCCCUACUGCGUCCGAUCUGGCGGUCUCACUAAAUACAUACUUCAUUUGUAAAUUAUGUCAGUGUCGGAGUGUGCCCAAGGCUGUCUGCUUUGCUUACUAUAAGGAAUUUGAAAUUAUUCAUAGUUUUACUUUUGAUACUUAAGUGUAUUUAAAACCAAUAAUUUUAGACUUUUACUCAAUUAUUAUUUUAAUGGGUGACUUUUACUUGAGUCAUUUUAUAUUAAGGUACCUUUUACUUUUACUCAAGUAUGACGUUUGAAUACUUUUUCCACCACUGGCAUUCAGAGGUUGAGACAGCAGAUAUGGUAGAGAUAUGGAGAGCGAGAGUCUAAAACACCAUGUUUUUACAAGCUCUGUUUGCUUUUUGGCAAACCAGGUUUCCAUCCAACCUUUUAUGUGAGUAAAGUACAUGUUGGAUAAAAAAUGUAAUGACAGGCCUGAUGGAAACAGCAAAUUUGUCUAAACUUUUCAUAUCUCGACACAAAUAUAACAACAGAGUUAGACAUGGAAAAACUAAACGUACAGUCAAUAACGCAAUAGAAAAAUCAAUAUACAGUGUGUGCAAAUGAGGUAAGAUUAGGGAGGUAAGGCAAUAAAUAGGCCAUAGUGGCAAAGUAAUUACAAUUUAGCAAUUAAACACUGGAGUGAUAGAUGUGCAGAAGAUGAAUGUGCAAGUAGAGAUACUGGGGUGCAAAGUAGCAAAAAAUAUAUAUGGGGAUGAGGUACUUGGAUGGGGCUAUUUACGGAUGGGCUAUGUACAUGUGCAAUGAUCUGUGAGCUGAUGCUUAAAGUUAGUGAGGGAGGUAUGAGUCUCCAGCUUCAGUGAUUUUUGCAAUUCAUUCCAAUCAUUGGCAGCAGAGAACCGAAAGGAAAUGCGGCCAAAGGAGUAAUAGGCUUUGGGGGUAACCAGUGAAAUAUACCUGCUGGAGCGCGUGCUGCUAUGGUGGGCUGAGAUAAGGUGGGGCUUUACCUAGCAGACUUAUAGAUGACCUGGAGCCAGAGGGUUUGGCGACGAAUAUGAAGCGAGGGUCAGCCAACGAGAGCAUACAGGUCUCAGUGGUGGGUAGUAUAUGGGGCUUUGGUGACAAAACGGAUGGCACUGUGAUAGACUGCAUCCAAUUUGCCGAGUAGAGUGUUGGAGGGGCUAUUUUGUAAAUGACAUCGCCGAAGUCAAGGAUCGGUAGGAUAGUCAGUUUUACAAGGUAUGUUUGGCAGCAUGGGUGAAGGAUGCUUUGUUGUGAAAUAGGAAGCCGAUUCUAGAUUUCAUUUUGGAUUGGAGACCGAUGAAAGUUAUGAACUUCACUGGGUGGUGAAAGUGCACGGUGAUGAGCUUGAUGUUCAUGUCCAAUACCUAUCAGGAUUCUGUUGACAUGAUAAUUGAUGCUUGUCUGCCGUUUGACAAAUGAAAAUAAUAUCUCGCUCUUUUGUCCAUAAUAAUCUUAUCAUGUAGUAGGCUAUACCCACACUAUCUGCGAGUGCGAGCUGUUGGCUAGAGCGCCCAUGCACUUGCCAGAAUGGGACGUUCGCAAUGUUACACAAACAUUUUUGUCACAAAACCAUAGGUAGAGUUGCAAAUGCGAUGAAAAUGUUUUACUUGCCACUCCGUCAUUUGGCACGGCCAUUUAUUGGCCACUAGCUAAUUUGAUGGAAACGUCUGUGGUGGGAAAAUGUACAUAUUGUUUUUAAGAAUGUUUGAAUAUUGAAUAUAUUGACAUUUUAAAAUCUGUCCCCAAUUGGAUGGAAACCUAGCUAUAGAUGCAGAUAAAACCAGUCGUGCAUGCAAAUGUGUAUAUACUGUAAGAGCUUGAUGUUACUGUUUAACUUAUUGUUUUCUCAACAUUUACUGCAUGUCCAUCAAUCUUUUGACUCAUUCCAUGCAACAUUUAACGCUCCUUCAAUGCAUAGCUGCGGGAAAUAGGGGUGCCGAGGGUGCUGCAGCACCCCCUGAAAAAGCUGUGGGGAAAAAAUUAAAAUAUACACUACCAAUGAAAAGUUUGGACACCUACUCAUUCAAGGGUUUUUCUUUAUUUGUACUAUUUUAUACAUUGUGGAAUAAUAGUGAAGACCUCAACUAACACAUGGAAUCAUGUAGUAACUAAAAUAGUGUUAAACAAAUCUUCAAAGUAGCCACCCUUUGCAUUGACAGCUUUGUACACUCUUGGCAUUCUCUUAACCAGCUUCACCUGGAAUGAUUUUCCAGCUAUCUUGAAGGAGUUCCCACAUAUGCUGUGCACUUGUUGGCUGCUUUUCCUUCACUCUGCGGUCCAACUCAUCCCAAACCAUCUCAAUUGGGUUGAGAUCGGGUGAUUGUGGAGGCCAGGUCAUCUGAUUCAGCACUCCAUCACAUUUUUGCAAAAAACUCAUCUCUUUUUGCCUUGUUAUUAUGGGGUAUUGUGUGUAGAUUGAUGAGGGGAAAAACAACAACAAUUUAAUCAAUUUUAGAAUAAGGCUGUAACAUAACAAAAUGUGGAAAAAGAAGUCAAAGGGUCUGAAUACUUUCUGAGUGCACUGUAAGUAUUUUCUUUUUUUGUGGCAGGUAUCCUAGUGGUUAAGAGUGUUUGUCUAGUAAAAGAAAGGUCGCUGGUUGGAAUCCCAAAGCCGACUAGGUGAAAAAUCUGUUGAUUUGCCCUUGAUUUGCCCACGUAACCCCAAUUGCUACUGUAAGUUUCUCUGGAUAAGAGAGUCUGCUAAGUGACUCAAAUGUAAUGAUCAGCUCGUCAAAAAUUGAAGGAUGCAAACUUGAAACGACUUUUCAUGACAAUUUAGCCCACGGCAUAAAGCUCCUGGACAACAGUUGUGAGUAGCCUGAUUAUCCAUUCCAUAUUGUCCAUUUUACUUUGACCUGUCCUGUUUUUAGGAUCUGUUUUUUUUUGGUCAACUUGUCAGCAAUGUUUAUUUUUUAUUGGGCACAAUUUAUGUUAGACACAUCAUGCAGAUUUAUCAGAUCAAAUAGCCUGUCUCAUUACAUUGUCGUACAUUUUUAUCUCCAGCCUGUAGGCCACAGAAAAGGCCACAUACUCUUUCUACCAUAUUUGAUAUUGGCUAUGAUUUAUGUCCGAUUAUUUGUUGUUGUUGGCGGAACGUUGGAGAGUGGCAGUGAUGCAGUUGUCCAACAGCACCAUGGAGACGCACACUGGGAAUGGACAAGCAACAUUUCUUGCGCCCCUGCCUUUGACAAAGUGGCCACUGUGUAUUUAUUACACGGCGGCAUCAGCACUCACUUAAAAAGACCAUAUGCCACAGGUUGAGAGAAAUUGUCAUUGUUUUUGGGCAGAAUUAAGUGAGGUUUGUAUGUGUUGUUGAAGGUGCGUCUUGAUCAGUUUAGCUCAGAAAUUGCCACCUUCAAUCUGCCGCAGUAGGUGGCCGCAUAAUCCUGCCGAAUGAGCGGACAGGUCUUGCCUGUAUUAGUGGACGGAUACAGCAGUCCGUAACAUGAGAAGAAAUGUUUUUCUCCCAAAUUUGCAGCACCCCCACCACCAAACAUCUUCCCGUGGCUAUGCUUCAAUGUAUUGUUACAUAGUGUUAUCACAUCAAUGUUACUUAUUUUGUGUAAGGCUGUAAUUACCUAUCAGCAAUGUUCAGCACCGAACAUGAAGCACUCAAUAAAUCCUGUGAAUAUUUA